AACACUUUAAAUCUCACCAGUCGAUCAGAACACGUUUCUGUUGCUGCUGUUUGUUCAUCAGCUGUUGACGAUUAGUUUGAUCCUCGGCGCUGUCUGAUGACGUAGCAGAAUGAGGAAGCGCUGCGGUUAUGAUCCUGUGGUGAAGCGUCGGCCAGCACCGUCGCCCAUCAACCGCCAGCUGGACAACCAGGAGGUGAAGUCCCUCCACCAACGCAGCACGGCGCCAACCAGAGGCCUCGUACAGACCGACAGCCCAAACUUCCUCUGCAGCAGCCUGCCGCAGCACUGGAGGUGUAACAAGACCCUGCCGAGAGCCUUCACUGUGGUUGCCGUGGGCAACGAUGUGCCAGACGGCGUGGUGGUCACAGUAAUGGCUGGCAAUGACGAAAACAGCAGCGCCGAGCUGCGCAACGCCACGGCGACCAUGAAGCAAGGCUACGCCCACUUUAAUGACCUCCGCUUCAUCGGUCGCAGUGGGAGAGGCAAGAGUUUCACCCUCUCCAUCAACGUGCUGACCUCGCCGCCUCAGAUCGCCACCGUUCACAGAGCCAUCAAGGUCACCGUGGAUGGACAGCGGCUGCCAAGACGACAGAGGCAGAAGGAGGUGAAGUCAGUAGUGUUCAGGUCACUACACAGCAGCAGCACGACAUCAUCAGAUUGUAGAUCUUUUGCUUCCUCUCCGUGGUCCAAUGAGCCGUCGUUCCUGAGUCAGGUGACCUCCUUCACUCCAAAUCCCAGAAUGCACCACCUGCCUGCCCUCUCGUACUCCAGCCAGCCCUCACCGUAUGCCUCCUACCUUCCUCCUCCUCCGCCUCCACCUCCGCUCAGCCACGGUGGUCCCUUCCAGCCGGGCAGCUUCUACUAUGGACCGAACCAACCGCUGCAGACCGCAGGGGAGGACCGCAACGUCGUCACGGCUCUGAGCAAUUACAUCGAAGGGGCGUGUCUUUCUCUACGAGGGGAGGAGCCUGUCUGGAGGCCAUAUUGAUUAUUGAUCACUGUAUGUGCCUUUAAACCUGACUUUUUGCAGUGAUUAUGCUGUUUUUAUGUAUUGCUUUUUAUGAAAAAUGUAUUAUUUUAUUGUUUCUGAUUAUUAUUUAAUAAUUAUUAAAUAUUGGUUUAAACAAAA